AUUUCCCAACCUGAGAAUCAUGCCCGAGCUGCACGUGCGCGCGGUCUCGGCCCGCAACCUCCAUGACGCCCAGACCUUUGGGAAGCAGGACCCGUACUGCAAGAUCUCUGUUGGCCACCGCACCUUCAAGACGCGCGUGCACGACAAUGGCGGGCGCAACCCGGUCUGGAACGACAAGUUUGUCUUCGAGGUCGCCGACAUGCAACUGUCGCAGCUCGUGAUUGAGAUCUGGGACAGCAACUACACGAGCGACGACUACAUUGGCACGUGCCGCCUCCCCAUGAGCAUCUUCGCAAGCGGCCAAGUCAUUGACCAGUGGUACCCGGUCAACUACCGCAACCAGCAGCGUGGCGAGAUCAACCUCCGCGUCCAAAUGCUCGGGAUUGCCGGGGCGCACGCGCCGCCGGCAUACGGCCACCAGCAGCCCUACGCGGCACCGCCGCCUGCCUACCAGCAGCCCGCCCCGCCGGCCUACGCGCAGCCCUCGGCGCCUGGGUACCCGAGUGCACCUCCCGCCUAUGGCCAGCAGCCCGCGUACAACGGGGGGUACGCGCAGCAACAGCAGCAGCAGCAGAUCCAGCAGCAACAACAACAGCUCCAGCAGCAGCAACAAGCGAUGCAGCAGCAGACGAUCCAGCAGCAGCAGAUGCAGCUCCAGCAGCAGCAGGCACAGCUCGCGCAGCAGCAGGCCCAAAUGGCAGCCCAGGCGUCCCGUCCCAUGUAUGCCCCGCCCCCGCCGGUGUACGCUGCGCCGCAACCCAUGUACGCGGCUCCGCCCCCGGUUAUGAUGGCUCCGCCGCCGGUCAUUGUCGGCCCGCCGCCGGUCGUCAUGGGCGGCCCCGUAGUGUACGGUGCGCCGGCGCCAGUCAUGUACGGCGGCGGCUACGGCGGCGGCUAUGGCGAUGGCUACGAUAAUGGCGGCGGCGUGGUGGCCGGCGCGGCCCUCGGCUUGGCUGGCGGCGUCAUCCUCGGUGCCGCCUUGAGCGACGACGGUGGCUUCUUUGACUAAUGAGACGCAUCGUGCUCUUCACGCUGCGUCUGCAGUAACAUUAUAUAACACUAUCGAUUUGGACCACA